AUGGUCGUGUUUGUCCUGCAAACGAACCUACAAAGCAACUUAUUCUCAACCUGCGCUGCGGAGGCGAACUCUGUGUCAGGAAGCCUUUACUCCAUCGAGCUGGGCACCUCUGAGUUCGUUGAGCUGACAAGCUCGAGCACUCAAAACAUCACGUGGGUUGUCAAGAGCGGCGUCAAGUCUACCAUCGAUUGCGCCCAAGCUACUUUGGAUGCAGGCAAACUCAUGUUCAAGUACAGCGGCGGCACCUGCAGUGUCGCAGCGAAUGGGGUCUACGAUUCAAGCCAACCCUCGUGUACUGGCGAGACGGUCUACGUUCUAAGCUCUGGUGGGAAGCAUAGGUGGCCAGGGGCCGUACUAUCAUAA